AUGGGUGUGGAACGUUCACUGCUCGCACCAAACGCUUUCGCUAUCACGAUCUCGAUUGGUGACGCCGGCGUUCUAUCCACGUUGAAGCCAGCUGAUGCAAUUGGUAUGGCAAAGUUUAUGGAAGAGAUGGAAAUGGCAAACGUGGAGAGUGUCAGUGAGACCAGGAGUGAUUCCGACGUUCCACAAACGCAACCAGCCGCAGUUGCAGUGGUGUCAACCCCAGUAGCAGGAACAAAAUCCGAGGCAGACGAAUCACUACAGCAGGAACGCGUUCUGCCCAUAUCGCUGGAAGCAACAACUACGAUCCCAACGAGUCGUGACAGAGAGGGCGUAGAUGAGGCUGACAGGAAUCCUGAUCGUCAAGUUGACAUCAUCAGCAUGCCUAAACCGAAGCGGCACGAGAUUGAUACCAGAACGUUUGGCCUUGCACAGGUAUUCAAGCUUUCAGUGACGCUAGAUGAGCUCGUGGCAUGGGCCCGAAACACUCCAAAUAUGAAGUUUAUGCUGGAGAUCAUGAAUAAGUAUCCUGUGCUGCUAGAAGAUGCUUACCUGAGGACACGCACCAUUGUGUCAAAACGUAAGCAGUGCAAGCCUGACGAACUGGAUGAGUCUGUCGAAAAACAUGGAAUCGUUCUUGACGUGGUUGACUUGAUCGACCCAAAACUAUCGGAGUUUCGCGGCGCUUACAUAAGUCUUUUGGUGGGAUUCUACGCUUUCAAGACCAAGGGACAUAUGUGGUUUGAAAACUGGAAGUGGCUGAAGCAGAAUUGGCUGAAGAUUCCCUCCAAUGUGAUCCUUUUUGCCAGAGAAACCAGAACUCAAGGUCUGUCAGCAGGUGCUGUCUGCAAUCGACAUAAAGCUUUGACCAACGAGGGAAUUGCAAAGUUUGCUUCGAGCAGAUUACUCACGGAGUUUAUGGCGCUGUCUGGAAACGGAACGAUCACUUUCGAGAACAAUUUGGGAGGUUUGAUGGCCCCCUAUACCGAAAGCGGCACGCACACGUCUGCGACGUCUGCGCACCAUCCUCCGUGUCUCUAA